AUGUACUGUGAAGAAUCGCAUGAGGGUUUUGAUUUUCUUGACAUGGGUGCAGUGGAUGUGUUUGUGAAAUUGUCUCGCAGAACGAAUCUGCGUUUAUUCUGCCCUAAAAAAUGCAGUCAAGGCGCUGGCAUUAUUCUUUCAAUCAUUAGUAUACGCAUGAACAGAAAUUUAGGCUUUCGGGCUAUCAUUCCAGGAACACAGCCUUGUUUUCAAGAACCCAUUAGUUUACAGAAUCUGAUUAAGCCUCCAUCAAAUUACAUGCAUACAAUGAAUGACAGUGAGCUGUUAUGGCGAGCUUCAGUUGUUCCUCAAAUCAAAGAAUACCCGUUUAAAAGAAUACCUAAAAUUGCGUUCAUGUUCUUGGCAAGAGGACCAUUACCUCUGUCGCCAUUGUGGGAGAAGUUUUUUGAAGGAAAUGAAGGGCUUUAUUCAAUUUAUGUUCAUUCUUUGCCUUCGUAUUCACCUGAUUUUCCAACAUCUUCAGUCUUUUAUGGGAGGCAAAUUCCUUGUCAGAUGGUGGAAUGGGGAAGAAUGAGCAUGUGUGAUGCAGAAAGACGACUUCUAGCCAAUGCAUUACUUGAUAUCUCAAACGAAUGGUUUGUCCUCUUAUCAGAAGCAUGCAUACCUCUUCACAAUUUCAGCAUAAUUUAUCGAUACAUUUCAAGAUCAAGAUUCAGCUUCAUGGGUGCAAUGGAUGAACCUGGACCAUACGGGCGGGGUAGGUACAACCCCAACAUGUUACCAGAAGUCAACAUUAGUCAAUGGCGAAAAGGGUCUCAAUGGUUUGAAACCAAUAGGAAUCUUGCAGUUGAUAUCAUUAAAGACACCAAAUUUUACCCUAAAUUUGAACAGUUUUGUAGACCUGCGUGUUAUGUUGAUGAACAUUAUUUCCCUACCAUGUUGACUAUUCAGUCACCAUAUUUGUUGGCAAAUAGGAGUCUUACGUAUGUUGACUGGUCAAGGGGUGGGGCCCAUCCGGCUACUUUUGGGAAGAAUGAUAUGAGGAAGGAGUUUUUUAAGAAGAUUCUUGAAGAUCAAAAAUGUGUUUAUAAUAAUCAGCCAACUUCUGUUUGUUUUCUUUUUGCACGGAAGUUUUCUCCUAGUGCUUUGGUUGUGUUGUUGGAACAUUCAAUGGAGUUCUUUGGGUUCUAGACUCAAGAUUCUGCAGAAUUUUUUUAGCUGAUUACUUGUAUUUAAGCAGCAUGAGAUACUAUUACAUACUGAGUAAAUCUUAAUCUUAGGAAGAUUUAUGGAACAGUUGAUGGCUGAAUAAUAAUUUGUUAUCACUAUUGAUGUAGUGACGCAGUUGUAUAAUACAAAAUGAGAGAUUUUGUAUUUGUGUUUGUAUUUGUAUGAAACACCCUGUUUUAUGGAAACUUAGACGC